AUGGACCGCAAGAGCCACGACACCCGCAGCAAGCGCAAGCAGCCCCCCACGCCCUCCAACGACCGCCCCAUGAAGCAGCGCCGCCCCGAGCGCGACGCCCAAGCACAGCCCGGACAAGAAGAAGAAGAAGCCGCCAUGAACGGCGCCAACGGCUCCCAGCCCAAUGGCAUGGACAUGGACUACGACUCGGACGACAUGCGCUCCGUCACCCACAUCGGCGCAUCUGGCGACACGGUCGAGUGGCAGCGCACCAUCGAGAAGGUCGUCAAGAAUGUCGUCUCCAUCCACUUUUGCCAGACGGCCGCCUUUGACACCGACUCCGCCUUGGCCAGCGAAGCUACCGGCUUCGUUGUCGAUGCCAAGCGGGGCUACAUCCUUACAAACAGACAUGUCGUCGGCGCAGGCCCCUUUUGGGGAUACGUCAUCUUCGACAAUCACGAGGAGGUCGACGUUCAUCCGGUCUAUCGCGAUCCUGUCCAUGACUUUGGCAUCCUCAAAUACGACCCCAAGGCUGUAAAGUACAUGGACUUGUCGGCGUUGGAGCUCAGGCCGGACCUGGCCCGCGUUGGAGAGGAGAUUAGGGUUGUUGGCAACGAUGCCGGUGAGAAGCUUAGCAUCCUUUCUGGUGUCAUCAGCCGCCUGGAUCGCAAUGCUCCCGAAUAUGGAGAAGGCUACAGCGACUUCAACACAAACUACAUUCAGGCUGCUGCUGCUGCCAGCGGUGGCAGUUCCGGCAGUCCCGUUGUGAACCGUGACGGAGCGGCUGUGGCUCUGCAAGCUGGCGGUCGAGCUGACGGAGCUGCGACCGACUACUUCCUCCCGCUGGACCGUCCACUCCGUGCCCUGCAGUGUGUCCAGAAAGGCGAGCCUGUGACGCGUGGUACCAUCCAGACCCAGUGGAUCCUCAAGCCUUUUGAUGAGUGUCGUAGGCUGGGCCUGACCGCUAACUGGGAAGAUGCACUUAGAAAGGAAUUUCCCAAGGAGACGUGCCUUCUGGUUGCUGAAGUCAUUCUUCCGAAUGGGCCUGCGGAUGCCAAGAUCCAGGAGGGUGAUAUCAUGAUCAAGGCGAAUGGCGAGCUCAUCACUCAGUUCAUCCGCCUUGACGAUACCCUUGACUCCAGCGUUGGCGGAAUCAUCAAGCUCUUGAUCCAGCGCCAGGGUGUGGACAUGGAAGUCGAAGUGUCCGUUGAAGAUCUCCAUGCCAUUACCCCUGAUCGCUUCGUUUCGGCAGCCGGCGCCUCGUUUCACGAGCUUUCGUACCAGCAGGCCAGGCUGUAUGCCAUUUCUACCAAGGGCAUGGGCGUGUUCGUGUGCGAGGCAGCCGGAUCCUUCCGAUUCGAAGGUAGCGAAUAUGGCUGGCUGGUCCAGUCAAUUGACCACAAGGAGACUCCGGAUCUCGAUACCUUUGUCAAAGUCAUGAAAGAGAUUCCUGAUCGCAGCAGGGUUGUCGUCACCUACAAACAUAUCCGCGACCUGCACACCUUGAACACCAGCGUCCUGACCAUCGAUCGCCAUUGGCAUGACAAGAUGAAAUUGGCUAAGCGAAACGACGCCACUGGUCUGUGGGACUUCUCAGAUCUCGCAGACCGUAUCCCACCUAAGCUGCGCGAGCCUCAGCGCGCGAAUUUCAUCCGGAUGGACCACGCGCAGCACCCGCAAGCAGUCGACAUCGUGAGGAGCUUCGUUCGGAUAGCUUCAUCGAUGCCGCUGAAGCUCGAUGGGUUCCCCAGGUCUAGGAAAGUUGGCUAUGGGCUUGUUGUGGAUGCCGAAAAGGGUCUUGUGCUCGUCUCCCGUGCAAUCGUCCCGUACGAUCUGUGCGAUAUCCAAAUCACCAUUGCCGACUCGAUAGUUGUUGAAGGCAAGCCGGUGUUCCUCCAUCCUCUCCAGAACUACGCCAUCGUCAAGUACGAUCCUUCCCUCGUCCAAGCUCCCGUGAAGACGGCCAAACUGUCGGACAAGUUCAUCAAGCAGGGCGAGGAAACCAUCUUCUUCGGCUUCAACCAAAACCUGCGCCCUGUUGUGGCCAAGACUGUCGUCACAGAUAUCACAACGGUUGCGAUUCCUGCAAGUGCCGCCACCCCACGCUACCGUGCCAUCAACCUGGACGCUGUCACUGUGGACACGAACCUGGCAGGACAGUGCGGUAGUGGCGUGCUGAUCGCCGAGGAUGGCACCGUCCAAGCCAUCUGGCUGACAUAUCUUGGCGAGCGCUCGUCUCACAGCGGCAAAGACAUGGAGUACCACCUUGGUCUUUCAACACCCAUGGUUGAGCCGGUGCUACGUCAACUUCGCAAUGGGGUUCAGCCGAAGCUGCGCAUCCUGAAUGUUGAGAUGCACACGGUCCAGAUGGACAAGGCCCGUAUUAUGGGGGUUUCCGAAGAAUGGAUCCAGCGUGUGGAACACGAGGAUCCCGAACGCCACCAGCUCUUUAUGGUGCGUAAAGUUGACUCUGGGCACGAGGGUGGCCUGCUUGAGGGCGACGUCAUUUUGUCGUUCAAUGACAAGCUAAUCACCCGCGUCUCUGAUCUCGACAUUAUGUACGACAACGAGCAUCUUGAUGCUGUCAUCAUUCGGAAGCAAAAAGAGAUCAGCAUCAAGGUACCCACAGUACCGACUGAGGAUCUCGAGACCGACCGUGCCGUCCUGUUCUGCGGCGCUAUUCUGCACCGCCCGCACCAUGCAGUGCGUCAGCAGAUUAGUAAAGUUCAUUCGGACAUAUACGUCUCUGGUCGGAUGCGCGGUUCUCCUGCCUGCGCUUACGGCCUUGCGCCGACCAACUUCUUGACCCACGUCAACGGAGUGCCGACGCCUGACCUGUGUUCGUUCUUGCGCGAGGUCAAAAAGAUCGCGGACAACACGUACUUCCGUCUGAAGGUCAUGACGUUCGACAACGUGCCGUGGGUGGCAACCAUGAAGAAGAAUGAACAUUACUUCCCGACGAUCGAGUUCGUCAAGGACGAAGCAGAGGAACUACGCUGGAAGCGCAUCGUGCAUGAGUGUGAGGAAGGGGGCGCGAAGGAGAUGAUGAGUGGCGUUACAGACACUGCUGCCGCAGAGGAGGGAGCGGAAAUCCCGGAGAGAUUGAAGUAG